UCUCCGUGGUCUGCCCAUGCGAUGUUCGUCAGAUGCCCCAGGGUUUUGACCAACAGGGUCCAGAGCCAUCGGCUGCCUUCUUUGGCUGAUUGAAGGACCCUUGAGACUCAACCCCCACUCUCAAGGAAUGCGGAGUUGGGUCCGGAAUGCCCAGGUCUCCGCAACAAUGGCCCUGAUCGUGGACCCUUUAAAGAGGUGAUCCCUUGUCGAUUGUUCUUGCUCUCAUACUCGUGCCGGCUCACAGUGUCUAACGUCUUUGUUGCCCUAAUCUUUGUCUCUUCCACCAUGAAAUCCUCAUCCAUUCUGAGCACUGUGUGCCUCUUACCUUUGUUCGCUAGUGCAGCUCCAACUGCCCAGAUCCACGCCCGCGAUACCUCCAUCACAGCCGAGCAAAUCCAAGCCAUCGCUCCCACCUCCAACUCAUGCGAUAACCCCCCGGCGGCCGGGGAAUGCGCAACGGCCGCCCAAGCCGCCCCCAACAUCGCCAAAUCGUUCGAGACCUACGGCGUCACGUCCCGUGCCGAACAAGCCGCCGUCAUCGGCCUCAUGGCGUUUGAAAGUGGCGAUUUCAAAUAUAAUAAGAAUCAUUUCCCGGGCGUACCGGGACAGGGCACCCGCAACAUGCAAUCCCCCACCUACAACGCCAAAUACGCCGCCGACAUCCCCGCGCUGGGUGAUAAACUAGCGAGUGUAUCCGGGGACCCCACGGGGGUGUUGAAUCUGUUGCUGUCGGAUGAGGAAUAUGAUUUUGGGUCCGGGGCGUGGUUCCUUACCACGCAGUGUCAGGCUAGUAUCCGGUCUCAGUUACAGUCGGGGUCGGAGGCGGGCUGGACGGCGUAUAUUACGACUUGUGUGGGCACGGAUGCGAAUGAUGAGAGGAAGGCGUAUUGGGAUAGGGCCGUGCAGGCGUUGAAUUCUUAGAUGGUGAUACUGUCAUAUCUAAGUCCAUUGCAUAAGCACAUCUGUUAAAGCGACGACACAGAAUAGUCCUUUUUAUCCCAACCCUAAACCCAUCUACACCAACCCCAUCGAUAUAAAACAAAGAAUCACAAAACCCCCUUCGUACUAACCACAUCCCCCGCCCCAACCUCCCCCUCGACCCGUCU